CAGUAGCCUGUGCUGGAUUCUUCUCUGUUCUCGCCCCUACCAACCUCUCAAGUCUUUCUCAACCUUGUCUCAUUUACCGUCAUUUUUCAAAUACCUUUCUUUCUCAAAUCAAAGCUGUACUUGGAAAUUAUAGUUUUAGUUUAGAGAGAGAGAGAGACUGAGAAACUCGGCAGAGAGCUCGCAAUCUGAUUUUGAUCCGUAGUUGUAGAUUUCAAGUAAUUCGACAAGACAGUCAUCAUGCCAUCAGGUGCGAAGAAGCGAAAAGCUGCCAAGAAGAAGAAGGAAAGUCAAAAUCAAUCCAACGAUCACUCUGAUUCUGCUCCUGCUCACUCCCAUGGGGAUGAGGAUGUGAAGCACCAAGAUGAUAGAGAGAGCAACGUCGCGGAGGUAAGCUCCCCUACAUCCCCGGACCAUGAGAAGCUUCCGGUUGAAGCAGAGGCUGCAGGUGCUUCUUCCAUGGAAGGAUCAAGAGUUGACAAUUGGGAAGAGCGAGUGGGGUUGGAGAAGGAGAUCAAGAUUGAGUAUGAAUCGGGUGUAAAAGAUGGCAUCAUCAACCACGAUGAGGCAAACAGGAAGCCCUAUGAUGGAGGUUCAUCCGGGAGUUAUAGCAGCAGCAGCAGCAGCAGCAGCAGCAGUUCAGAUGAUGAGAGCCGUGGACUCAAGAAAGGGCAAGAUGAGUCGAGCAUUGCUUCCGGAGUAUCAGUGGAAAUGGAUGAUUCUUUGUCUGGAAAGCCAGUUGAGCCUGUUUGUGAUUCAAAUGUGGAUAGUAGUAUCUCUGCCACCAUAGAAUCUGAUAUGCUUUCUCAAGCUGCCAUCUCUGAGGCUCCUCAUGUUGUUGAAUCUACACUCGAGGAAAGUGGAGGGGAGAAGUUUGACUCUGUCAAAGAAAGAAUUUGCACGCCCGUUGAAGAAGCAGAUGUUGGAUCUACUGAGAGCACUCCAAAAACCUUAGAUCCAAAGGAAUGUGUUACACAAGAAAUUGAUGAAAGAUCGACGUUUCCUGGAGUUGCUUUAGAUGAUGGAGUACAACGCGUUAAAGAUUCUGUAGUUACUCAGCCUGUGGUGGCUCCUUCUCCAGAUCCAGAUCAAAAAACGUCGUGGAAGAGCUGCUGUGGAUUGUUCGAAGUGUUUUCGGGGUCUGCUCAUUAAUCAACGAAAAUGCAUUGAAUGUAUUUGCUGAAUUCUAGAAUCUUCUUGAAGCAGACGCGAACGACAUGAAAGGAUUGUGCCCGAGGCUGAGGGGAAGUUGUGGCGAAAGCAGCUAAAUUCUGCCUUUCUUGUUGAUUUUGCAGUGGGGUAUAUAGACAUAGAAUUUCUUGUGAAAUUAUUAUGCUGCAACUGUCCCUUACAUCAAUAAAAACGUCGAGUAUUUUGCAACAA